AUGCCGGGGACAAGAAGUUUCAACGUGGUUGGCGUCCAUGCAGCAGGCGAGGUCUGCGAUGUUGUUGUCGGAGGAGUCCUCGACGUGCCAGGCCGAACAAUGUACGACAAGAUGAUGCACCUCUGGAAAAGAGCAGACGGGCUCCGUUUACUUUUACUGAAUGAGCCUCGAGGCAGCGCAGCCAUGUGCACGAAUCUUGUACUUCCUCCUUGCAACCCCAGCGCCGACGCGGGCUUCAUUAUCAUGGAGCAUGAAGAAUAUCCGCCCAUGUCGGGAGCCAAUACUGUGGCAACUGCGACUGUGCUGCUAGAAACCGGAAUGGUCCCCAUGAGAGAGCCUUUGACUCACUUGACCCUGGACACUCCAGCAGGCUUAGUGACUGUGGAUGCAGAAUGUGAAAAUGGCAAAUGCAUAUCGGCUGCGUUCAAUAACGUCCCGGCAUUUGUGUUCGCGCUGGACGUCGACGUGCCCGUCCCUGGACUUGGUACAGUUCGAGUGGACAUAGCAUGGGGUGGAAUGAUAUAUGCGCUCGUCGAUGCAUCAAGCGUCGGACUCAAGAUUGAAAGUGCCAAUGGGAGGCAAUUGGUGGAAGUCGGCGAGCGCAUCAAGCAGGCGGUCCAGGAGCAUACCAAUCCAGUCCAUCCAGAUGACCCUAGAAUCCAGGGAGUCAGCAUUCUGGAGUUCACAGAACCUUACAAGCAAGAGCACCCUUAUAAAGCCGCAGUCAACACGGUCGUUGUCUCGCCGGGUCGACUUGACCGCAGUCCUUGCGGCACCGGGACUUGCGCUCGACUGGCCGUCCUUCAUGCUCGAGGCUUACUUGGCGUGGACGAGCCGUUUCACCAUCUCAGCAUCAUCGGGACCGAAUUCCAAGCUCACAUUCGAGGCACCACCAGAGUUGGGGAAUUUCCCGCGAUAUUACCCACCGUCAAAGGCCGCGCCUGGAUCACUGCUUAUAAGCAGGUUGUCCUGGAUCCGACGGAUCCUUUCCCAGAAGGCUUCAGAGUAGGCGACCUAUGGCAGAUGUAGCAUUAACAUUGCAAAUCGGUAAUUAAGGACACACACGGUGACACGAU